AUGUCAUCAGGUGUCGCAGAUGAUGAACAACAACAACAACUACCGAAUUCAACUAAAACAACCUCGUCGGCUGCCAAUGAUCAUGAUAAAGACGACCAAUUGAAUCAAUUGAGCUCUGUAAACGCCUCGAUGGCUAAAAACGGUGGAGGUGAAGCUGAUGGUGAUCAUCAAACGUCCCCAGAUUUAAGUAAUGAGAUUGAAAAGUCAAAAUCAAAGAAUGACAACAAGUUACCGGCCGUAUGCAAUAAUGAAGAGUCAAACAUACCUACACCGAACUCAGUUGUUGAUGCGAAAGAAGACUCAGCUCAGUCUGAAGAUGAAGGAAUGACAACUAAGCAUAAUGAUGAUACAGGUAAUAAUGACCCUAAUGACACAAAUGGUGCAAAUACUCCAAUUAGCAAGCGAAAGGAUUCAGAAGUUCCAGAAGAUACUCCAAAACCUAAACGAUCAAGAAAACUUCAAGGCGCUGGUGUUAAGAAGCCAUUAUAUUCAAGAUAUGAAUCAUUAUAUAUUGUUAAAGCUUUCAAAACAAUCUCUGAUAGACAUCCAAACUUGGUAUUGAUUGAUUUGUUCAAAAUUGUCGGGAUACUAUUCAAUGAAGAAGCCAAUAGACAAGGUUUUAAAGAACGUACAUCAGAUCAAUUAUAUCAAAAAUAUAAAAGAAUCCAACAUGGUUUAAAUCAUGGGGAAACUGAAUACUUGGAUUUUUUCAAACAAAAUAAAUAUAAUCCAAAAGAAUGGGUUCCAGAUUUUACAAAUGCUGGAAGUGAUGAAAUAUUAAAAUAUAUUAAGUUUCCAACAUUAGAUGAUGCAAUCAAAGAAGUGUUGGGCUCAAGUAUUGCAAAUUUGAAACCUCCAUUACCAGAUCUGUAUGAUGAUGAAGAUGAUGAUAAUUUAAGUGUAUCACAUCAAACUCCAGUGCUAAACAUCAAUGAAGAAUCAAAAGGUGAAGCUGCAGAAGAAGAACUAUUAAAACUGGCCGGUUAUAAUGAUGGUGGUGAAAAUGGAUCGGGUUCAUCGAUAACAAAACAAUUGAAAGAGAAGAUAAAGACUCUUGAAACUUCAAUAUCUGUUCAAGAUAAAGAAAUUCAAUUAUUAAAAGAAGGUAUGCACGCAAGAGAUCAAGAGAUUGCAUUUUUGAAAAAUAUGAUUAAGGAAGAUCUAUCAUACAUCCGUCAUAAAAUUAAUGAACCAGCACACCAACCAUCAACAACUAGUCCUACUGGAACUAGUGACCCAAAAGCAUUAAUCACCCCUUCAUCAAAACCCUCGUCAUGA